AUGGGAGACAAUGCAAGUGAAAUGAAGGUUGUAGAAUUCAAAGACUACAUUCAACUUUCUGACCACAUGGGAAAGCGUUUUCCUCAUCUUAACGACAUCUGGCUCUCCACUGAAAUGCAGGCUUUAGGUGGCUUAAAAAUUGUGUUAUUUAUCUUCAGGAAGUCAUUGACAAAUCAAGAUCGUACUCCAAUUGGAAAGUUUAACGCACAAAUGUGA